AUGCCCCUUGCUACAGAAGCAGCUCUGACUGGCAGUUGCCCCCGAGCUUUGUGGGUGACUGAGGACAACCUGUGUCGCUUUGGAGCACGUCUCUUCACACUCCUCGUCGAAGAUUUUGGGGUCAAGGGAGUGCAGGUUGAAGAGAUUUAUGAUCUGCAGAGCAAAUGCCAAGGCCCUGUGUAUGGGUUCAUCUUCCUGUUCAAGUGGAUUGAGGAGCGUAGAUCACGCCGGAAGGUCUCUACCCUGGUGGAUGAGACGUCAGUGAUCGACGAUGACAUCGUUAAUAACAUGUUCUUUGCUCACCAGCUGAUCCCCAAUUCCUGUGCCACCCAUGCCCUGCUGAGCGUCCUCCUGAACUGCAACAAUGUCGACCUGGGCCCCACGCUGAGCCGCAUGAAGGAUUUCACCAAAGGAUUCAGCCCUGAGAGUAAAGGCUAUGCCAUCGGCAAUGCCCCAGAGCUGGCCAAGGCCCAUAACAGCCAUGCCAGACCGGAGCCACGGCACUUGCCGGAAAAGCAGAAUGGUAUCAGCGCUGUGCGAACCAUGGAGGCUUUUCAUUUUGUCAGUUAUGUCCCCAUCAAGGGACGACUGUUUGAGCUGGACGGGCUGAAGGUCUAUCCCAUUGAUCACGGGCCGUGGGCUGACGACGAGGAAUGGACGGACAAAGCCAGGAGAGUAAUCAUGGAGCGCAUCGGCCUGGCCACCGCAGGGGAGCCGUACCACGACAUCCGCUUCAAUCUGAUGGCGGUGGUGCCUGAUCGGAGGAUGAAGUACGAGUCCAAACUGCACAUCCUGAAGAUGAACCGCCAGACUGUGCUGGAGGCCUUGCAGCAGCUUAUCCGAGUAACUCAGCCUGAGCUGAUCCAGACCCAGAAGUCUCAGGAGUCUCAGCCUCCGGAAGAGGCAAAGCCAGCCAGCAGCAAGACUGUGACUCCAGAGAGCGCCCAUCCAGAUGGCACUGAUGAGCCCGCCAGCCAGGGCCACCCUGCGGCCACGCAGAGCCCACCCAACAAAUCCAAACCGGUGGCAAAGACAGCAGCGAGCAGUAUCAACGGGGUGCCUCCAGCAAACCCCAACCCCAUCGUGCAGAGGUUGCCAGCCUUCCUGGAUAACCACAACUACGCCAAAUCCCCAAUGCAGGAGGAGGAAGACCUUGCAGCAGGAGUGGGUCGCAGCCGGGUCCCAGUCCAACAGCACCAGCAGUACUCGGACGAUGAGGAUGACUACGAUGAUGAUGAGGAGGAGGAAGUUCGUAACACCAACUCGGCCAUCAGGUACAAACGGAAAGGGCAGGUAAAGCAAGAGCACGGGACGGGGGCUGCGGACGGCCAGCUCUCCGUCCUCCAGCCCAACACCAUCAACGUCCUGGCUGAGAAGCUGAAGGAAUCUCAAAAGGAUCUUUCCAUUCCCCUGUCCAUCAAGACGAGCGGCGGGGGCGCCGCUGUGGCGGUGGUCACCCACUCCCAGCCCUCUCCCACCCCCAGCAACGAGAGCACGGACACCGCCUCCGAGAUCGGCAGCGCCUUCAACUCCCCGCUGCGCUCUCCCAUCCGCUCGGCCAACCCCACCCGCCCCUCCAGCCCCGUCACCUCCCACAUCUCCAAGGUGCUCUUCGGCGAGGAGGACGGCCUACUGCGCGUCGACUGCAUGCGCUACAACCGGGCCGUCCGGGACCUGGGGCCCGUUAUCAGCACCGGGCUGCUGCACCUCACGGAGGACGGCGUCUUCUGCCCACUGGCUGUUGCAGAUGGGGGGAAAAGCUCCCCCCCUUCCAUCAAACCCGGUGAAGAGGCCCCGGUUGCAAUCAAACUGGACGAGAAGGAGGGCAGUGAGGCCAGUGACAGCAAAGAGAAGGAGCUGCUGGCACUACUGAAGUGCGUGGAGGCAGAGAUUGCGAACUACGAAGCCUGCCUGAAGGAGGAGGUGGAGAAGAGGAAGAAAUUCAAGAUCGAUGACCAGAGGAGAACCCACAACUACGAUGAGUUCAUCUGUACCUUCAUCUCCAUGCUGGCCCAGGAAGGCAUGCUGGCAAGCCUCGUGGAGCAGAACAUCUCCGUCCGCAGGCGGCAGGGAGUCAGUAUCGGCCGCCUGCACAAGCAGAGGAAGCCGGACCGCCGGAAACGCUCCCGCCCCUAUAAAGCCAAGCGGCAGUAGCCUGGGAGUCGAGACUGUGAGAAGCAGCAGCUGGGCUUUGGGGCUUUGGGCAGUGACACUUGGAUCUAUGUUACGCUUUGCCCAAGGAAGAGGGACCACAGCGACAAGCCCUCGGCCAAGGUGGACCCUGGGGACAAAGAGAAAUCAGGUUUUCCUCCGAGCC